AUGGAGAUUUCCGCAAGAGCUGAGCUCGUCUGCAACCACACCGAUGUGUGGGACUGGGUCUACACCAUGCAACCGGCCUACAUGUCCAUCAUCUGCCUCCUUGGAGUGAUCGGCAACUCCGGUGUGCUGUGUGUGUUCUGCCUCCAGAAGCGGCGCCGCUCCGUGGCCGACAUCUACCUGAGCAACCUGGCGGCGGCCGACCUGCUCAUGGUCUCCUGCCUGCCCUUCUGGGUGGAAGCCAUCGUCAACAAGUUCCACUGGAGGUUUGGGGAGACCAUGUGCCAGCUGAUCAGCAUUGUUAUCGGGAUCAAUUAUUAUUGCAGUGUGCUGUUUCUGACGCUCGUGAGCGUGGACAGAUACCUGGCCCUCACUCGACCUCUGACCCAGGGCAGGAGGAGACGGGCCGUCUGGGCGCGGGGGAUUUGCUUCAGUAUCUGGAUUGCCGGGCUCCUGUUCAGCUUCCCUGCUGUCCUCUUCCGCUCCGUUCAGUUCUUCCCCGAUCUGGGCAUCGAGGCGUGCUACCUAGCGUACCCCCAUGCCGGCUGGAGGCUGCGCUACAACAUGACUGUCAGCACAGUCGGCUUCCUUAUCCCGGUCCCCAUCGUGUCCUUCUGUAGUUACCACAUCACCAAAGCCCUCCGGAGCAGCCGGAGGAUGAGAAGCGGCGUGGAGAGGAAGGCGGCGCGCCGCGUCCUCCUCGUCCUGGCCGUGUUCGUCCUCUGCUGGCUGCCCUACCAGGUCCUCAUCUUUCUGGACACUUUGGAUCAUUAUGAAGUCUUCUCUGGAUGUACGUGGACUUACGUCUUGGACAUUGGAAACCAGUUGACUACUUACCUCGGCUAUAGCAACUGCUCAUUGAAUCCUUUCCUGUAUGUGAUUGUGGGGAAGCACUUCAAGCAGAAGGCGAGGGAAGUGUUUACCCUGGUGCUGCGCAGGAGGACGAGGCCGUGGGCGAGGCCCGUUCAUUCCAACGCCAAUCUCAACUCAACGAAACAAACAGAGAGCACUCAGAUACGCGUCGGUGAUCAUUUGGACCAGAAGAGGAACAUUUCCACCAGACGGACGCCCAUGGACCCGAUGGCGCUGGUGUCGGUGACGCCAUCGUGGGCCGAUAACAGCAGUGGGUCCCGGCCGGCCGCUCCAUCGGAGUUCCCGAUCUCUGCAGAAUGGGAACUGGUCCGGUCCAUCGUUCCCCCGUACAUCUUCACCGUGUCCCUGUCGGGUCUUCUCCUGAACAGCUUUGUGCUGGCCGUGUUCUUCGCUCACAAGGACCGACUGAGCGUAGCGGAGAUCUACCUGAGCAGCCUGGCGCUGGCCGACUUCGUUCUCCUGUGUGGCCUCCCUUUCUGGGCCAUGAACAUCCUCAACGACUUUAACUGGCCUUACGGAGACGCCUUGUGCAAACUGGUCAACGCCGUCAUCAUCAUCAACUUCUACAGCAGCAUCUACACCCUGGUCAUGAUCAGUGUUGACCGCUACCUGGCACUCGUGAAGCCCAUGAAGGCCCGGUGGCUGAGGCGGACGCUCUAUGCCAAGGUCGUCUGCUGCCUCCUGUGGACGUUCGCGGUCCUCCUGAGCACGCCAACAAUGGUUCACAGGAAGGUGAAGUUCAUCGAGGAGUUGGAGACGAUGUCCUGCAUAUUGGAUUACAGUCACGACAGCUCCUGGAAGUUGGCUCAUCAGAUUCUGAUGAAUGUUCUGGGCUUUUUACUUCCUCUCCUGGUUAUUGUUUUCAGCAGUGGAAACAUCAUCAAUGUUUUAAUUCAGAGGAGGAAGAGUGCUUCUUUUCAUGAAACGAAUGACACCAAGACCACAGCCCUGGUGUAUGCUGUCACUCUCCUCUUCUUCCUGUGUUGGGCUCCCUUCCAGGUCUUCACCUUCCUCGACGUCCUGUGCGACGUCCGAGCGCUGGACGAGACGCUGUGGUUCCACACUCUGGAUAUCGGAGGCCAGGUCUCCGUGUAUCUGGCCUUCCUCAACAGCGCCCUGAACCCACUGCUGUACGUCUUCUCAGGGCAGUACUUUAGGAGGAAGGUUAGCGCCAUCUACACGAGGAAUCGAUAUAAUCGCAGAGGAUCAGAUAUGACCACACACCAGCGCUCUGUUGUGUCCACUUACAUGAACAGAACCGAGCAGAUCAAGGCUGUGGUCAUCCUCCAUGCAAAGGACCAGCACUUCCCAGUGGUUCCCAAUCUUCCACAUAAUGCUGAUGGCAGUCAACACAAAGUCACCUUCAAGUGGUCGGUUCUCCUCCUCCACAGCGACCCUGCUAACCUCACGUCUGAAGACCAGAACAGCACGAGCCCCGGGUGUCUUCCUUGGCUGAGCGGGUGGCACGAGGACGUGCUGCCGGUGUACAUCCUGCUCAUCGCUGUGCUGGGCGUGGUGCUGAAUGGGUUUGUGAUGAUGGUGUUCCUCCUCCACAAGAAGGCCUGCACCGUGGCCGAGAUCUACCUGAGCAACAUGGCCGCUGCGGACUUCGUCCUCACGGCCUGUCUGCCCUUCUGGGCCGUCUACGCAGCCAACCGGUUCAACUGGACCUUGGCUAAGCCUCUGUGCUCGCUGGUCACCCUCUGCAUCAGCAUGAACGCCCACUGCAGCAUCUACUUCCUGGUUCUGAUCAGCAUCGAUCGCUAUGUGGCGCUGGUGCACCCGCUGUCCCAUGAGGGAAUACGCAGGCCCAAGUAUGCCAAAGUGGGCUGUGUGCUGGUGUGGAGCAUCGGCCUGAUCCUCAGUGUGCCCACGCUCGUCUACAGGGACGUGAGAUAUUCAAAUGCCUCCAAAACUCACCUCUGCCACCUCCAUUACCCGAGUGCCGCUGCGCUGCGUCUGUGUGAGGGCAUGCAGACCACGUUCGGCUUCAUCGUCCCCAUUCUCAUUAUUUCCAUGUGCACUUUCAGGAUCGUCCGAGCUCUGAAGAACAGGUUGAAUGUUGGGUUGAACUCCAGGAAGGCGGAGCACAGGGCCACCAGCCUGGUGCUGGCGGUGCUCCUGGCCUUUGUGGUCUGCUGGGUGCCGUUCCACCUGCUCAAGAGCCUGAACAUGUUGGUUUAUGCCGAGGUCCUGACCGGCUGCACCCUCCUCAGCGUCCUACACACCUGCAGCAGCAUAUUCAUGUAUUUAGCUUUCUUCAACAGUGUUCUCAACCCCAUCCUCUACGUUAUUGUAGGAAAUAACUUUCGCAAAAAAGUUCGGGAGCUCUUCACUCGGUCGAGCGUCAACAGAACAACAACCCCCAACACCACGUUCACACAAUCAAAUACAUCCAGGAGUUUUUAAACUAUGAAUGCUUCAAGUUAAUCUGUUUUUUCUUCUUUUUUUACAAUUUCACAUCAUUAAACUGAGCUAUAACGGGAGUUAUUUGAUUGUUUCUCAACAUACUCUGACGUCAAGUGUUCGAUGACAACAUGUGACUCACUUUACCGUAUUCUCCAUCGUAACACUUCUGCCAUAUAACUGUUGUUUCAUUAGAAAUGCUUUCAGAAAUAAUUCAAUAACACUGCUACAUAAUUAAGCAGCACUACUAGAUGUUUUUAUUCCAGAAGUAAUGGUCACAAACCACGAUACCGGAGUGCAAGUGAUGUACAGAAGAGCUGGAAACAGACUCUGUGUCUCUGUCACGGUUUAACAGUCUUGAUGAGACACGUUCUUGAUGAGUUGUUUCCUCUCUUUUCUGUUUGCAUGUCUAGAUCGAUGUGUGAAUCUGUCUGUAUGAUUUCAUAUUUAUUUCAAAAAAAUAAUAUAUAAUGUUGUAAUAUGUUAAUGUUAAACAUUUUAAAAACUGCCAUAAAUUAUAGGCAUGUAUUUUCCUGUCUGUUUCUGACGCUGAUAACUCAUGUAUCCCUGCUCUGACUCCAGAAAGCUAACAUGAGAGGAUGAGCUGUGUGUCCAGUUGCUUUGAAUAAACAUCAGAGAACUCUGAGCUUCA